CUGAUCGAUAUCUGAGGAGAUGCGCGCGCACUGAUCGCCUCAGGGAUCGAUAGCUGAUCGAUAACACACGCUGGAGCUCCGCUGCUGUCUGGAGGAUGCGAUGGUCACAUUAGGCAGGUGUGCUCUUCCUCCUCCUCGGAUCAGGUGGAUGUGAGACACACACACACACACACACACACACACACAUCAUGCAGGCUGCGCCCUUCCAGUAUGAUUUCUACAGUGAGGAGAACGCGCCCAAAUGGAGAGGACUGCUGGUGCCGUCACUCAACAAGGUGCUGAGUCAGGUGCACCCGAAGCUGUCGUCGCAGCAGGAGGCGCUGCAGUACAUCGAGGGCCUGAUCCUGGUGCUGCUCAACACUCUGUGUCAGGCUCAGCCGCGCACCGUGCAGGACGUGGAGGAGCGAGUGCAGAGGAGUUUCCCGCACCCCAUCGAGAAAUGGGCCAUCGCCGACGCUCAGGCCGCGAUCGAGAAGAGGAAGAGGAGGAACCCGCUAGCGCUGCCUGUCGACAAGAUCCACCCGCUGCUCAAGGAGGUUCUGGGUUAUAAGAUCGAUCAUCAGGUGUCGGUGUACAUCGUGGCGGUGCUGGAGUACAUCUCUGCAGAUAUACUGAAGCUGGCGGGAAACUACGUGCGAAACAUUCGCCACUUUGAGAUCUCGCAGCAGGACAUCACUGUGGCCAUGUGUGCCGAUAAGGUGCUGAUGGACAUGUUCCAUCAGGUGGAGGAGGACAUCAGUGUGUUUCCUCUGGACGAGGAGCCGUCUGCGGCCAAGGAGCAGAUGUACUAUGACCUGGUGAAGACCUUCAUGGCGGAGGUGCGUCAGUAUCUGCGCGACCUGAACCUCAUCAUCAAGGUUUUCCGCGAGCCCUUCGCCUCCAACACCAUGCUGUUCUCCCCUCACGACGUGGAGAACAUCUUCAGCCGGAUCGUGGACAUCCAUGAGGUGACGGUGAAGCUGCUGGGGCUGAUCGAGGACACGGUGGAGAUGACCGACGAGGGCAGUCCUCACCCGCUCGUGGGCAGCUGCUUCGAGGACCUCGCCGAGGAGCUGGCCUUUGACCCCUACGAGACGUACGCACAGGAUAUCCUGCGCAGCGGCUUCCACGAUCACUUCCUGAGUCAGCUGUCCAAACCCGGAGCGGCCAUCUCCCUGCAGUCCAUCUGUGAAGGCUUCAAAGAGGCGGUGCAGUACGUCUUACCGCGGUUACUCCUCACACCCGUCUACCACUGCCUGCAUUACUUCGAGAUUCUAAAGCAACUGGAGGAGAAGAGUGAGGAUGAGGAGGAUAAAGAGUGUUUGAAACAAGCCAUUACAGCCCUACUGAACCUGCAGAGCAGCAUGGAGAGAAUCUGCUCCAAGAGCCUCGCCAAGAGACGCCUCAGCGAGUCGGCGUGCCGCUUCUACAGUCAGCAGAUGAAGGGCAAACAUUUGGCCAUCAAGAAGAUGAAUGAGAUCCAGAGGAACAUCGACGGCUGGGAGGGCAAAGACAUCGGCCAGUGCUGCAACGAGUUCAUCAUGGAGGGGACGCUCACGCGGGUCGGCGCCAAACACGAGCGCUACAUCUUCCUGUUUGACGGCCUCAUGAUCUGCUGCAAGUCCAACCACGGCCAGCCGCGUCUGCCGGGAGCCAGCGCCGCCGAGUACCGGCUCAAAGAGAAGUUCUUCAUGAGGAAGGUCCAGAUCAACGACAAGGACGAUAAGGAGGGCGAGUACCGGCACGCCUUCGAGAUCAUCCUGAAGGACGGGAACAGCGUGGUGUUCGCCGCUAAAUCUGCGGAGGAGAAGAACGGCUGGAUGGCGGCGCUGAUCUCGCUGCAGUACCGCUCCACGCUGGAGCGCAUGCUGGACACGGCCAUGCUGCAGGAGGAGAAGGAGGAGCAGAUGAGGCUCCCCGGGGCCGAGGUGUACUGCUUCGCCCAGCCCGACUCCGAGGAGAACGUCGUGUUCGAGGAGAACGUCCAGUCCAAAUCCGGCAUUCCCAUCAUCAAAGCCGGAACGGUGCUGAAGCUCAUCGAGCGCCUGACCUUCCACAUGUACGCUGAUCCUAAUUUCGUCCGGACGUUUCUGACCACGUACCGAUCGUUCUGUAAACCUCAGGAGCUGCUGGAUCUGCUCAUGGAGAGGUUUGAUAUUCCUGAACCCAAACCCACGGAAGCGGAUCAGAUGGCCAUGGAGAACGGAGACCAGCCGCUGAGCGCAGAACUCAAACGCUUCCGCAAAGAGUUCGUUCAGCCGGUACAGCUCAGGGUGUUGAAUGUGUGCAGACACUGGGUCGAGCAUCAUUUCUAUGACUUUGAGAGAGACGCUCAGUUGCUGCGGCGGCUGGAGGAGUUUAUCGGCAUGGUCAGAGGUAAGGCCAUGAGGAAGUGGGUGGAGUCCAUCACGAAGAUCAUCCAGAGGAAGAAACAGGCUCAAGCCAACGGCCCCAGUCACAACAUCACGUUCGAGAGCUCGCCGCCACCCAUCGAGUGGCACCUGUGUAAAGCGGGACAGACGGAUCAGUUUGACCUCAUGACCCUUCACCCCAUCGAGAUCGCCCGACAGCUCACGCUGCUGGAGUCCGACUUCUACAGGUGCAACCCUCAGCCUGUGACCUCUGACGUCUUUUCGCCAUUUACUCGCCCUCAUUUCAAUCCAACCCUACUUAGAAACAUGAAUGUAACUGUGAACUUUGACCUUCUGUAGGGCGGUUCAGCCGUCAGAGCUGGUGGGCAGUUAGAAACGGAGAACGUGGAGGAGCGUGUGUCCAUCAUAUCGCGCAUUAUCGAGAUCCUGCAGGUCUUUCAGGAGCUCAAUAACUUCAAUGGCGUUCUGGAGGUGGUGAGCGCCAUGAACUCAUCGCCCGUCUACAGACUCGACCACACCUUCGAGCAAAUCCCGAGCAGACAGAGGAAGAUUCUGGAGGAAGCUCAUGAACUCAGUGAAGAUCAUUAUAAGAAAUAUCUGGCUAAACUCAGGUCCAUCAACCCCCCCUGUGUGCCCUUCUUUGGGAUUUAUUUAACAAAUAUUCUGAAAACUGAGGAGGGAAAUCCAGACUUCCUGAAGAGACAUGGCAAGGAACUGAUCAACUUCAGCAAACGACGGAAAGUGGCGGAAAUAACCGGAGAAAUCCAGCAGUACCAGAACCAGCCGUACUGCUUACGUGUGGAAAACGACAUACGGAAGUUCUUUGAGAACCUGAACCCGAUGGAGGACAUGACGGAGAAGGAGUUCGCCGACUAUCUGUUCAACAAAUCUCUGGAGAUCGAGCCACGUAACGCUCGCACACUGCCUCGAUUCCCGAAGAAGUACAGCUGUCCUCUGAAGUCUCCGGGUGUUCGCCCAUCAUCCGUCCGCCCAGGAACCAUGCGGCAUCCGACUCCGCUGCAGAACGAGCCCCGGAAGAUCAGCUACAGCCGCAUCCCAGACAGCGAGACGGAGAGCAGCAUCGCUUCAACGCCCAACUCGCCCCGCACACCGCUGACACCUCAACCAGCCUCCACCGCAUCCAGCUCCACCGAGAUCUGCAGCGUCUUCGACUCCCCGCAGCCGCCCUCCAGCCCCUUCCACUCCAGGUCUUCUUCCGUGUCGUCGAUGAUGAGUUUCCUCCGGAACGACGAGCUUCCCGUUCCUCCGCCCAUCCCUCCGCGCCGCCGGCCUGAAUCUGCGCCCGCCGAGUCCUCGCCCUCCAAGAUGAUGUCGAAGCACCUGGACAGUCCUCCGGCGAUCCCGCCGCGUCAGCCCACCUCCAAGGUGUACUCGCCUCGUUACUCGCUGACAGAGCCGCCCGACAGCCCGCCCACCCUGCCGCCGCGGGAGCCGGUGCGAACGCCAGACGUCUUCUCCAGCUCCCCGCUGCACCUGCAGCCGCCUCCGCAGGGCCGCCGCUCCGAGCCCAGCCAGGCCUUCUUCCCGCCGCAGACACCUGGGCCGCCCGUCCCGCCGCGCCACAGCACCUCGCAGUCGCCCAUCCCCAAACUCCCGCCCAAGACCUACAAGAGAGAGUCGGUCCACCGCGACGGGCCGCCGCUCCUGGAGAACGCAAACCCCUUGUAGAGCGACGCGCCUA